GUGUACCACAGCAGUCUCAGCCCCCAUCAUUCCCCCCUCCCCCACCUAACAUAGUCCAUGACUACAACCACGGCAGAAACAUUCCUGACUUUAGUAAACCACCGCCAGGUUUUCCACCACCGGGUGCCAUAAUUCCACCACACGGAGGACCCGUAGGACCUGCACCAGCACCAUUACCAGUUAUACCAGUACCAGUACCAGUUGCUGCUCCACCCCCUCCACAGCCUAUUCAGUUGGAUCCUAAUGACCCGUCCUUAUUACCCAAAAUGCCUUAUUUUGAUUUACCUGCUGGAUUGAUGGCUCCACUAGUUAAGUUGGAGGACACAGACUAUGAAGCACUUGAUCCAGACGAUAUCAGACUACCACCCCCUCAACCACCAACUGAAAGAUUGCUAGCAGCUGUAGAAGCCUUCUAUGCUCCACCCUCUCAUGAUAGACCCAGAAAUGGUGAUGGUUGGGAACACAAUGGUCUGUAUGAGUUCUUCAGGGCAAAACAAAAGUACGCCAACUUGAGGAAAGAACGAAAAGAAUCCAGAAGUAGACAUCGACGAGUACGGUCCAGGUCACGAUCACGCUCAAGAUCACGGUCACCACCCAGAAGACGACGCAGAUCACUUUCAAGGUCAAGAUCAAGAUCUGAGUCACCUCCUUACCAACGGACUUCAAAAUCUCGAUCUCGAUCACGAUCCCGAUCUCGAUCCAAGUCUCCCAAACCAAAGAAGAGGAAGUCUCGUAGCAGGACUCCACCUGGUUAUUAUCAACAGCCAUUUUAUACAACAAUAGCAGAUGUCAGUAAAAUUGACCAAAGCAAUAAAGGUCAUCAGUUGCUCACCAAAAUGGGUUGGGGUGGUCAAGGGUUGGGAGCCAGUGAGCAAGGUAUAGUGGAUCCUAUCAAAGGGGGCGAUGUAAGAGCAAGGGGUGACCAGUACAAAGGUGUAGGCAUCGAUAUCAAUGAUCCGUUUGAAAGCUUCAGACGAAGUAAAAGUUACUCAUUUAUUGCCAGAAUGAAAGCGAGAGAUGAAGCCAGAGAGGUCAAGAAAGGUGAAUAAAGGACCACAGAAUCCAUAUGUACAAUUACCUCAUUCAAGUUCAUUAUUCUGCUAUAAAAAUCAUUUUGUUUUGUGGAUGAGUUUGUCUUUAAAAACCAUUUCCUGAAUUGCUCAAUUCCUUGAUGUUCUACCAAGCUUCAGUGGCAGUCAACUAUGCUUUCAAGAAAAUAUUGUACAUUUUGAGCCCUGAACCUGCUUCAUUUAAUGUACCUUAAGGAGAAAUCAAACUGUGAGGGCAGUAUUCUGUUUAUACCAACCCUUCUGUCAUGUUUUGUUGCAUAAACCAGUGUCAACUAAUAUGUGAUCCAUGUCAGGAAACCAAUGAAAUCUUGUGAAAUGCAUACUUUGCAUUGUGUCCAAAUUUAGGUUUCACUUGCAAUGGUUUUUAUAGAGAGCUAGCUAAGGCACUCAAGUCUGAGAUAACAAUUGAUUAUCUACAAAAGAUGUAAUCUUCUGAGUUAUCUAUCUACUAAUCAAUACAUUAGAAAUGUUGAUAUCUGGUCAAUCCAACAGACUUUUACUGAAACAUCGUGUAUAUUUAAUAACUGGACAAAUUAUUAUACCAUGUCAGGUGAUGACUUAAUGUGGUACACAGCUUUUCUUACUUGAACACUCCUCUGUAUUCAUCGGUAUUUUAUGAUAAAGAGUAGUAUUUCAUAUAUAA